AAAUAUAUAAACACUAUAUAGAUGGUUCAAUGUUCAUUUCGAGUUAGAGCGAGGUUUAAGACGUCAAUGGCUUACAUUAGUUGUGCAUGUUGCUUGUAACGAUUAAAAAGUGACGAAACAGUAUUUCUCGAUACGUGUAUAUAUUUUUCAAAUUUGACAGUGAACGACAACACAAUGGCUGGAACCCGAGAUGAGAUUUUAGCUAACUUUCAGGCAUGUACAGGAAUUGAUGAUGUUGGUGAUGCUAUUAAAUAUUUAGAAGAAUCAAAUUGGGAUUUAUUGGCAGCAGUAAAUCAAGCUAUGCUUCGUAGUACACAACAAUUAUCUUCUGAAGUAAGUCCAGACAUAGAAAUGAUAGAAGAAAUUGAAAGAAUGCCUCAAGCUCAUUCGUUACAAUCUCAAACCAAUUGUGAUUCUAAAAGUAGUUCCAAGGUAGAAAUAACAGAAAAUUCAAAACCAGGAACGAGUAAACCUAAAAGUUCUGAAAGAGAAAGAAUUCUUACAUUCCAUAUUAAUUAUCUUAGUGAUGAAUAUAAAAUAAAUUUGUCUGAGUUUUCAUCAUUAAAGGAUCUCAAACAGCUUAUAUGGGUACAAACAAAUUUGCCACCUUGCCAACAACGUCUUUAUGGAUGGAAGAAGGAACCAAAAUCAGAUUAUAGAUCACUACAGUCAUUAGAUUUACCUAAAGAAAAUACUUUAUAUCUGUCUUCUGCAGUAGAUGAUGCUGAUUUAACUGAUAUAAUGAGUUUAUCAAAUCGAAUGACACGAACAUAUACUUUAAAUAUUAAAGAUGAAAUAAAGAAGGAAACAUAUAACUUGAAAUUUCCUGGAACCAAUACAAUCUUGGAUGUUAAAUCUGGCAUUUAUUCAUUAACAACUGUUCCAGUUCGAAAUCAACAAUGGAAAGGCUGGCCAAGUUCAGUAAAAAACGAUAAUGUUAUGUUAGCGCAAAGUGGAAUUUCUUAUCCAGAACAUGAUUUGUCAGUUAAUGAAAUCCCCAUAAAAAAAGAUAGAAAGGAAGUUAUAGACCUAGUUGAGAGUGAUAGUUCUAUAGAUGAGGAUGACAUAGAAGAUGAUGUUUUUGUAGAUAAUGUCAGAUCUACAAAAACUCAACGUCUUAUGCCAGAAUAUGUAACAGAUGAAACAAUAGGAACAAUGCAUUUUGCAGAAGAAUUCGAAAAACGAUAUGGACCAGCACAUCCAGAAUUUUUUACUGGUACAUUUAAAGAUGCUGUUAAAGAAUCAUGUUUAAAGCCAGCAAAAGAGAGAAAAUUGUUAGCUGUAUAUUUGCAUCAUGAUAAUAGUGUAUUAGCAAAUGUAUUUUGCACACAAUUAUUAAGUUGUGAGGCAGUACUACAAGUUUUGUCUGCAAAUUUCAUUGUAUGGGGUUGGGAUAUUACAUUUGAAUCCAAUAAGCAAAAAUUCCUUUCAUCCGUAAAGCAAACAUUAGGAUCAUUUGCAACAUUAGCUAUGGAAAAUAUAGAUGUUGAUACUUUACCUGCCCUUGUAAUUAUAAUGAGAGCUAGAUCCAUCACAGAAAUGUUUACAGUAAUACAUGCCAAUGUCGGAGUAAAUGAACUAUUAACUAAUUUAAUUCACGUUGUUGAAGUAUUUCAGGAACAGAGACGAACAGAUAUUGGUGUUGAGGAAGAAAGACAAGCUAGAGAAAGAGUAAAACAAGAACAAGAUAGAGCAUAUCAAGAAAGUUUAGCUGCAGAUAGAGCAAAAGAAGAAGCAAAACAAAUGCAAGAAGAACUAGAAAAGCAACGAAAAGAACAGGCUGAAAACGAAAGGUUGGCUGAAGAAGCAAGAAAGGAAGCUCAUAGACAGGCAGUAGAAUCAAGUUUACCGCCUGAACCACAACAAAGUACUGGUGAUGGAGUGCUAAAAGUACGAGUACGACUUCCAGCUGGAAAAUUUUUGGAACGUAGAUUUCGAUCUGAUACACCAUUACAAACACUUCUUAAUUUCCUUAUUGUGGAAGGUUAUCCAACAGACGAAUACAAAGUUCUGUGUAAUUGGCCUCGAAGGGAUUCUAUAUACCAAGUGGAUACCAUCGCCUCCAACAGGAAAUAUAUAAUGCUGUAAAGGAGUUGGUCUGUAAUCUGUAUAAACAACAUGACAUGGUUGCUUGUGUAAAUGUGCAACCCACUCUACAAAUUGUCUGGCAUUAGGUAUAGUAGCAGAAAGGAAUACAUAAUGUACAUUGUCCGGUAAUAAUAUUAAUGUUUCUUCCCAAACAACCCCUCUUUCUUUGUCACGCAUAUAGUGAAUUUCAUCAAAAAUUACCCAUCCAACUUCACGCAUUACCUACAUAUUAUAUAUAUCAUUGAGAUUAAAAGAGAAAACUAAAAAUA